AUGUCUCGUCUGUUAUCACCUUCAGAGUGGGUAGCACCUCUAGUUCCCAUUGCCUCGCUAGCAGUGCUUCCUUUGGGCCCGCUCUUCUUUCCUCGCACUUAUCUUGUCGUCUUGUUUCUUUAUUUUACCGUCUUUUUAUACACUCAAGUAAACCAUGUGUGCAAGUUCUUUUUAACAUCUCGCAAGAUCAGAAUGACAAUCCGUAAAUGGAAUAAGAGGUUGGAUAAAACCAUCACUGGUGGCAACAAAAAGCAGGACACAGAGAUCAUCAAGCACAGCAACAGUGAUGAUGAAACAUUAGAAGAUGUAGAGGAGAAGCUGCAAUACUACCAAGACACGCACUACUUUCAUGCCUUCAUUGUGCCCAACUAUGCUGAACCAGAGGGUCUUUUAAAGGAUACCAUUGAACGCAUUGCCAGCCAUAGUACCGCUCAGACCCAUUAUGGCUUGAUUUUGGCUAUGGAACAAUCUGAACCUGGUUGGGAAGCAAAGGCUCGUCGUCUUCAAUCUUAUUUCAGUGAUCGCUUUGCUCAUAUUGUCAUUACUGGCCAUCCCUCAGAUAUUCCUGGUGAAAGUCGUGGCAAAGGAUCCAAUGUUGCUUAUGCUGCUCGCCAUGGCUGUAUGGAAUUGGUCGACCAAGGUAUCGAUCGUCGCAGAAUCAUCAUUACAGUAUCUGAUUCGGACUCAGCCAUACCCGAGCUCUAUAUUCGUGAAGUGGAAGAGGCAUUGAACAAGGCUGAAGACCCUUACCACCUCUUGUGUGCACCACCCAUCUUCUUUUCUCGCAACUGCUUUGAUGUACCUGCUGCUGUGCGCGUUACAGACAUCACUUGGUCCGCUAUGGUCAUGUCGAAUUUGAGCAACAGUAGAGGCAUGUGCAUUCCUUGCAGCAACUAUUCUCUUUCCAUGGUGUUGGCAGACAAAGUAGGUUAUUGGGAUACGGAUGCAGAUGCAGUAGGUGAAGACAUGCAUAUGUGGUUGAAAUGCUUUUGGAAAACGCAAGGACAAGUGCGCACAGCUCCCAUCCAUGUACCUAUCAACUUGACCAAUGUGCAGACGGAAAGCUAUCUGAGUAACGUCAGUGCUCGUUAUGUUCAAGCCAAGCGUCAUUACAAUGGUGUAGCAGAUGUUGCUUAUACGCUCAAGAAUGCGUUCCAGUCCUCCUCCUCAUCAAUCAGCCUGUUUGAACGUCUCAAGGUGUGCUUUAUCAUCUUGGAAGCACAUAUGGUGCCUGCUACUUCAGGCUGGCUCAUGUUUGCUGCUGUCCCCUUGAUGCAGUUCAUCUUGUUCCCACCUUUUGCUUCUUUGGCUUUGAUUGCUCCUUCUGACAACCCCAUCUUGACCAGCGAAUUCUUUGGCCAUCUGUGGAGCUUGAUCCGUAUCAUCACACUGUGCUUGCCGUUGCCCUUGUUUGGCACGUUGGCCGUGUAUGAACAAUUGCACCGUGCCAUUGAUAGAGAAUUUCUGUUCAAGUCCAAGCAAGAGAGUCGUAAGUGGUCCCACUUGAUAGAUUACAUCAAUUUACCAGUCGCAGCAUGGUUGUUUAUGACAUUGCCAUCCACGUUGGCAUGUGUCAAGCGUUUGUUAAACAGACAAGAGAAAUAUAUCACAUCAGAAAAGUUAUUUAGAGGUGACAAUAAUGGCUUGAUUGUCAGCUCAUCAAAUGCAUAA